AGUCUGUGUUCCAACAUGGCUGUGUACUAAAAACACUCAGAUUCUAUUUAAAUUUUAUCUUUUUUGUCAAUAAAUUUACAACAAAUUUCUUCGAAUUUUUAAAUAAUUUUUUUAAAAAUAUUUAUAUUUAUAAUUGUAAUUAUAAUUAAGUUACUUUACUUUAAUUAAAUAGACAAUGAAGUGGAUAGUUUGUUUUACAGUUGCGCUGAGUAUUCUGGGAUUUAAAAAUGUUGACGGUUUGUUACGGAGAUGUGUCAACUGCAGGUCGAGAGGAGAGCUGGGAUCAUGCAAAGAUCCUUUCACGACAAAUAUUACGUUGAUUGAAAAAGAGCAUGGAGUUGAAGCCAUUCCUUGUGCUUCUGGAUGGUGCGGUAAAAUUAUUGAGUCACCGAACUUGAAUAAUGAGUAUGGUACAGCGACACAAAGAAUGUGUUUACAAAGAGGUCCAGACGACGGUGAAGAACGAUGUGCUUAUACAAUGAAGAAUUAUAAAAAUGUCUAUAUGUGUUUUUGUCGCGGUGAUUUAUGUAACAGCAGCACAACAGUAACUCCUAAUAUUAUUUGUAUAAUUGCUCUGAUUAUAUUACAAGUGUCGCGGUGAUGGAUUGCCUUAAAGUAAUUGAAUACUUUACAAAGACUAUUAAUGACAAUUAACUAAUUGUACGUGUAAAUGUAAAUAUAAAACCCAAAUAUAAGUACAAAUAAAUUUUAAAUAGUUGCCGAAGUGAGGCGAAAAAAAUUUUUUGAUCGUAAAGCACACUGUGAUGCUUCGCAUCAUGAGUCGUGCAAUGAUAAUUUUAGUGUUACUGCUACGACUUUGAAAAUAUGUAUUGAGCAGUAUUACAAUUCUACUCACAACUUUUCUACUUAAAGGGAUACGCUACCGGACCUCUUUCUCACACUCAGAAAAAUAAAUGGGACUGUCUUUGUUGCACUCGU